UCGAGUGUGAUAUAAGGUGGUUUAGAAAGAAGAUUUGACGGAAUCGUGGUAUUUUGAAUCGCAAUCAAAAUGCCGAAAGCCUCGCGUAGAAGGCAAAGCAAUGGGGCAAAUGACUUCAGCGGCGAGAUUGAUACGCUCAGGGAGUCGAUGCAUUCUUUGGAAGACAAGUUGUGCAAAGUCGAAAAGGACAAGGAACAUUUGCGCUCUUUCAACCAAGUUCUCAUUGAAAAGCUGAAGAAUUCAACGGAAAUGGACCUUUGCCUAAAGGUCAUUUCCAUUCGGCAAAAAUUUGAGAAACAGAAGGAGAUAUCUAUGCUCCACGAGCAAAAGGUGGUUAGAAAAGGCCGUGCAUUUCAUGAAUCUUGUCUCAAGCAAGCGAGAAAGAGCUCGCAGAUUGAGAUAGGAAAGCGUGCAAAGAGUACUGACAGCGGAAUCGACAUCAUCGAGGGUAAAAACAAAAGUGAGGAUGAUCCUGACGUCAUUAGAGCCCGACUUGAGGAAAUGGUCGCUAGAGAGGAGAAACAGAAGGGAGAAGUAAAAAAGCUGAAUGCGAAAAUUGAAGAGCUGUCUACACGAGAUGUAAUCAGGUCUGUUUGCAAUGAAAUGGUGAUUCAGGCUUUGCAAGAUGUUGUUAAGGAAGAGAAGGCAACAGCAAAUGCAAGACAUGGAGAUGAGAUCAAAGAGUUGCAAAAACAGCAUGAAGAGAAAAGGGUCCAUCUUGAAACCAAAAUAGAGGUUCUCGAUCAAAAUGAAGAUAUCCUCAAGAAAAGGAUUGAGGAAUUAGAGAAAGAGGUAGAGAAUCUGAAAACAGAAAAUCAAGAACUGGUUGCGAGAGAAUUGACAAAAGCUGUGAGCAGCCAAGCUGUGAUUGAUUCAUUGGAAGAGAUCAUUGAGGAACAAGAAAAAUCAGUGGAAAGCAGACUUCAAAAGAAAGAUAUACAACUAAAGUCAGUUGUUGAACAAAAUGAGGAGCUUCUUAAGAAUCUGGCAGCAAUGGAGAAACGCGCCUUUUCAGCUGAAGAGGUUGUUGCUAAACAGUUAAGGGUGAUUGAGGAAAAGGACUGGGCUCUAGCUGAGGAAACAGAGAAGGGUAACAAGAUUAAAAGUGAAAUGGCUGCUAUGGAGGAGAAAUUGGAAGCCAUGGAGUGGGCAGCGAAUAAGUCUAAUGAACAAUUUCGAGCUAUGACAUUGAAGGUUGAAAAACUUUCGACAAGUCUGGGGCAAUGGCAAGAAAAGGCCGACCUGCAAGAGGCCGGAUGGACUUCAAAGAUUUCAAAACUUGAAGAAGAGAGAGGAUUGUUUGAAAAGGAAUGCUUAAGAGUUAGCCAAUGCCGCGUAGAGGAAACAGAGAAACACAUGGAGCACAUCAUGUCACUGGGUUUUGAUAUUAAUUCCCUUCAAAAAAGUAAUGAAGACUUUGCAGCCGACAUCAUCAGCCUAGAGAGAGAGAAUGCUUCUUUGCGGCAAAAAUUGGAAGAAGAGGAGCAAUCUAAAUUGGAUCUGGUACAGGAAGUCCGCCAGCUUCGAGACAACAUUCAAGAGCUGAAGUCAGAUUUCGAAGGCCUUAAGAGUAGGCGUAGAAGAAAAUGGUGGAGAAGGCUUGUGUCUUGCAGUUAAAGCAGUAAAAGGCCACUGAUAGUGACAGCUUUUUAUCUUAAUGUAUUUGUUUCUAUUACCUACAAACAUUUUCAUUGAUGGCAACGUAAUAAAGUUUCCUGUUUAUCUGUACAAGUUGGAUCUAAUGUUUGA